GAUGCAGCGGGAGGAGAGCGGGGAGCGGUCGCCGCCGUCCUCGGUGUUCCGCAGCUUCUUCGAGCAGGAGUGCCGUGAUAUAGUGGCGCGCCUGCGCCAGGCCGCAGAGCCCUCGCUGGUGCUGAGCGACCGCAGUGGGCUCUGGCUCCAGUCCGACGGGUUCGUCACCUCCACGCCGCUGCUGCACUCGCCGCCCGGGAACGAUGCGGCCCCGGACAGUGCCGCCGCCCGCCCGCGCUCUCCUGGCCCUCAGGCGGCUGAGGCUGCGACCCCGGCUCGGGGCUCUCCCCGGUGUCUCCCGCAGCGCGCUGUUGGCUCUCGCCCCGCCCGCCCGCAGGCCCUGCCUCGUACAACAGCCCAGCGCGGGACUGCACAGCAGCUUUGCGGCCGGCAGGGCCCUGCGCCCCGCACCCCGCGCCGCGGGGGCAGGCAGUCCCUGUCCCAGGCACGGGUCUCUCUGGUCCUGGAGCUCCGCAAGGCCGGGAAGGGGCUCGGUGCCCCGGGAUCCAAGCUCCCGCAGCCCGCAGGUACCAAACUGAAGCCGGUGCUUGAGGCCAGGUCCAGGCUUCAGCAGCCCAGCAAGACUCCGUGGCCGCCGCAGCCUCCGGGCGUUCCCAAACCCGCCCCCCAGGGCAAAGGGACCGAAGGUGCUGCCCGUGCUGGAGCGCAGCGGCAGUACUCCCUCAGGCUCUCCACAGCAGUUCCCACCGUGGCUUCUCGCUCCCGGCUGCGGCCUCUGGGAAAGGUGGCUUCCCCCAAGCGCUUCCGCGGCACUUCAGGAUCGACCACACCGGAGCAGUUGUGCAAUAGGACCCAGGAGCUGAGGAAAAGUGAUGAGAGCAAAGAAUGUCUGGUUGGGACUGUCUCAGGAGCAGGUAAGGCUGACCAGACGUGGGUUUAUGGGGAGUCCUCUCUUUGUAGUGAGAUGCCCCCUGGCCCAACCCCAGCGUGUGAGGAUGCAGUCACUGCUGAGCAGUCUGCAGGUGAUCGGCUGUCUGAGGAGCUGAAGCAUGUGAAGAGGGAGCUGGAGCGAGUGAAGGGCGAGCUUGCUGACAAGACUGCCCAGUGUGAAGCCUAUCGCCAGACGAUCUGCUCCUUGCAGGCUCAGCUCAGGGCAGCAGGAAUCUGUGAAAGAUGCAGAAGUGGAGGAAAGUGACUUGGGGAGAGCCUCACAGCAGCACAUGGGAACAGAGCCACGAGAGCUACUUGUUUGCCCACCUGAGUUGUUGGACAGUGUAUGUGAAGCUUUUGAACUAAUUCAUUUUACACUCCUUGUAUUUAAAAUAAAGGUGUCUUUUUGCAGUGA